AUGUUCGAUGCUUGCAGAGUAUUCGAGAGUAUGAACUUUCGUACUCUUGUUUCCUGGAACACUCUGAUGCACGCAUAUGUCGACUGUGGGCAGGCAGAAGAAACUCUGGAGCUGUUUCCUUGGAUGAAGAAGGACGGAUAUAAGCCAGAUUGUCGAACUUUUGCUGCUUUACUCAAGGCCUGUGGACUCUUGGUGACUUUGAGUAUUGGGAAGGCAGUCUACGGAGAUAUAUGCCGAAGUGGUUUCGAGGACGACAUGGUUUUACUCACGGCAUCGGUGGACACGUUUGGGAAAUGUGGGAGCAUGGCCGAGGCACAACAUAUCUGCGAUUCUAGCACAAGUUCUGAAGCUGUGGCCGCACUAGUAGUCGGAUACAGUCGACAAGGAGACGUUGGACGUGUUUUGGGCCUGUAUCAUCAGAUGAGGGACGAAGGUGUGAAGAUCACCAGCAAUUGCUUCGUGUCAGUUCUCGCCGCAUGCAGCCACGGUGGCCUCGUUGAAACCGGCAAGAAGAUUUUCCGGACAAUGACCUCCCAAGAGUUUGGAAUUGUCCCGGGAAUGGAGCACUACGUCUGCAUGGUGGAUGUCCUCGGCCGCGCUAAUCAACUCGACGAGGCAGUCGAAAUGAUUGGUCAGUUUAGAUGCAAGCAACGGAGCAGCUUACACCUUGAUGGCCAACCUCUGCAAGAACAGUGA